GAUGAAGUACUAAAUAUUUCAGUUCCAAUUUAAAUGCGAGUUAGAUCACACAGAUUGUGGGUUAACGUUAAAUUAAUAUUUAUUAGUAUUUAGUGUUACAAUGAAGGUAUACAGAGUACUGUGUUGUAUAGUGUUCCUUGGUUUUAUCUGUUUAACAAGAGCAGAAUACGUUAAUAAUAAAUUAAAAACAGAAGUAGACCUAGUUAUAGAUGGCCUAGGACAUUUAGACUGGUCUAAACAUGAGAAGCCUUGUCUGGACCAAACGCUACAAGUCCUGAAUGGAGUUAAAAAUUAUACUGUUUGGGCAGUUUGGAUAUGGAAUUCCAUGCACCACCCAGUGGGUAGUUUCUACGGUUCCAGAUACAGUUUGGGCAAUUACGACCAAUGUUUAAAAGCUCCUUCUAAUUUUGGCGAACCCACAAUUAAGACACAAUACUGCCUCACUGAUGUUAAGGUGACUGAUAAAGAAAAUCUGAAAUAUGGAAGUGCUAAUGUACAUGAUACUACUGAAGAAUUUUUGAGUGUCAAAUCCAAAGAAGGCAGGAGAGCAGAUACAAUAUCAUGGGGUGUCUGCCUACCAGCAGUGUGCAGCCAUGAGUCUGUCACCAAGAUCCUCAAAGCCAUAUACUUGGUGAACCCCAUCACUCCCUUAGACCCUCAGAUAACUGUAGACUAUUGUAAUAAGGCUGGAGAAAAGCCAGUCUACAGUUUGAGGUUUUAUUUAUUUAUAUUUACAAUCAUCAGCCUAAUUGCCACCACGAUUGCCUCAUCGCUAUACCUCGAGUUCAACAAUACAGAUUCUGCACUGAGGAGAAUAGCCUACUCUUUCAGUCUCCGACGAAACUGGUCGUCUUUCGCCAAGAUCACUGACGAUGAGAUUCCUGUGCUCAGCUUCACAAAGGCCGUAGUGAUGUCGUUCACAACGUGUGUCCACGUCUUCGUGUUUAUCGUCGCCGGGUCCAUCAGUAAUGGGCAUGAUUAUGAUAGUUUAAUAAGUGUAAAAGACAACAUCUUCGGGAAUACCUUCCAGCAUCUAGAUCUACCAGCUGUGGAGAAUUUCUUCGUCAUAUCAGGAUUGCUUCUCAUGAAAGGUCUCAUGGAGAAGAAACGGAAUCCUAUCAUCACGCUUAUACAACGUUAUGUUAGAUUAAUAGGGUCCUUCUCCGUUCUAAUAUUCUAUACCCUGGCGGUGUCAGAGUAUGCUGGUGAUGGACCUCUGUGGAAGAGGAAUAUAAUUGACAGAGAGCAGAAGGCGUGUGAGAAGUCCUGGCUCGUUGGACUCCUCAUGCUUGGUAACUACGUGGAUAGUGAUAAUAUUUGCCAACAAGUAUCCUGGUACAUACCAGCAGAUUAUCACUUGGCAGUGAUGGGCACUGCUCUCUUCUGCCUCUGGCAGUGGAACCGACAGAUUGGCAAGAUCACCACCAUCAUUGCUGUUAUCUACUCCGUGGUGAUCACUGGUAUCACCACUUACAGUAAAAGACUGCCUGGCAUACUGUUGUAUGAUAUUGAGAAGCUCAUCCAUGUGAGGGAUAAUGUAGUGUACACUGAUACCUACAUGAAGAGCCACCAUAGAGCUGGGUCCUACUUCCUUGGCAUGGCUAUGGGGUACAUCAUCACUGUUUACAGGCCAAAUAAAUAUAGAGGAGUCAUUUCCAAGGAAUGUUCGUACUUAGGUCUCGCGGCAGCUUUUAUGCUGGGUCUGAAAGUACUAUCGUCGGCCCCGGCAUGGUGCCUUGGGGAAUACCACGCUUGGAGCUCAGCAAUCUAUGCGGCUCUCAACAGGAACUUAUGGGCUUUGGCAACAUGUGUCUGUAUCGGAAUUACUGAGUAUGGGGAUGUCCAAAUCCUUCGUAAGUUGAUGUCUUGGCCCGGCUUUACAAUCUUCAGUCGCCUGGCGUACGGAGUCUACAUCACCCACUCACUUAUACUGGAGAGGUUCCUGUUCUCACAAAGAAAUCCCAUGCAUUAUGACAUGUUUAACUUGAUACUAAACGGAAUAGGUAUCCUCAUUAUAUCGGCGGCGCUAGCAGUGCUGCUUUGGCUGUUUGUGGAGUCGCCUUUAAGCAACUUGGCUAAUCUCCUUCUAAUCCCUACAAAGAAAACAUCGAGUGGGAUUGAAAAUGUGAAGGAAAUCAACGAACAGAGUAAAGCGACAGAGUUGAAGACGAAAGCAUUGUAAUACCAAGUUGGUGAUCUCCAUAUUGAAGAAGGAACUUGCUAUAUUAUAAGGUGUUAUAAAUGUAUCUGCCACCACUUUAAUGGGAGGUAGCAGUGUGUUCGAAGAUUAUAAUAGUGAAGAAAUUUCGCAAAUCAGUUAAUUCAGUUUGAGAACAUAAAGAAGUUAAAUAAACAUAGACUCUUUUCUGUAUAAAGUGGUUCACAAAUACGCAAGAUGCGUCGCUUUUUUAGUGAAAACGAUUGAUAGCAAUUGCUUUCAUUGAUGAUCAUUGUUUUCUGUUGUUUUUUGUGAUAUAAAUAGUUUAGUAAUUAAACUUUAGGCAUAAAGAUAGUAAUAUUUAUAGUAAUUUCUAAUUCAAUUACAUAAAAUAUACGGAAUUAAGCGCCUGAAUAAAACAUGUUAGCAACCAAUAUCUGUUGUGUAAUUUUUAAACAGUGAAUUUUGGCAGGCGUUAUUGCAAAUACCUACAUAAUCAACAAAUUUUAUUUCGAACCCAAUUUUAUUAUUAAAUUGAUAACCAAUUUUAAAAUUACACAAUUUCCAUAUACGAAUAUUAGUUUCCCUCAACCAAAAUCAAAACUGUUCACAACAAAAUUAAACAUUUGAUAGAGAAUUUGUAUCGAAAUAAGGAAGUAAGUAGCGUAACAUGUCGGUAACUUUGCUAAUCCCGCAGUAAAUAACGUUGUUAACAAACGAUCGAAUAACUAACCAACUGUACAUAACACAACUGCCGCGGCGGAAACUUUUAAGCCCUAACAAUCCUAAUUUGUGUGGCUUCAGUGGCCAUAGCUGAGUGUAUCACACUUAUUUAUUUAUUUAUUUAAUAUUUGGAGGACCAACAGCAUUAACAUUAAAUAAUUAUAAAAACGACUUAUGUAACAUGCAGCCAAUUAUAGGUCCCCACUUUUAAACUAUUGUAUACUAUCUAAUUAUAUUGUGUUCAUACAUGAGCAUUAAAUUACACAGUAAUACACAACUACAAAGCUGAAUCAACCAAUACAAUCAAAUUAGAUAUUUUUUAAAGAAAUCACGGCUCAGCAUCCGUCUCACUGUCGCAUGGUUAGCAUUAAAUAUAUCAAUGUCAUAUGUUUUACAUGAUGCGUUAAGUGACUUUCCUGCACACUUGCCAAUUAAUUAUAAGGAAAAACUAUUCGAACGUUUGUCUUUAUUUCUAUGUAGCUUCUACUUGUGACUUCACUCGCGUUCCUGUGUGAUAAAAAGUAUCCUAAGUAUCAUCCAAAUCAGCUAAUGCCUUGUCUGUGUAUAUCCUAUCAUCUAAGU